AUGCCCAUAGAGGUUUUUAUUCACAAUCCUCAUGGACGUGGCCAGCGCAUUAAUACAAACCGCUUGGUACUUAGUACCCAGGAUGCAGAUAUUUCUUUGCUGAACAUCAAUGAGGCCAUCAGUUGUUUGACUGCAGGGAUGCUGAACCCUGAUCUUGGCUGUGAUUCCCUCCUGGUUGGCACACGGACCAGUUUGUUGGCAUAUGACGUAUACAACAAUGCUGACUUGUUUUAUACCGGGGUUCCUGAUGGAGCAAACUCUAUAGUCCUAGGAACAUUGGGAGACAUUUCCUCCCCCCUUGCAAUUAUUGGCGGAAACUGUUCCCUGCAGGGCUUUAAUUAUGAAGGAAAAGAUCUGUUCUGGACGGUCACUGGUGACAAUGUUCGCUCUCUAGCCCUCUGUGACUUCGAUGGUGAUGGGAAAAAAGAGCUUCUCGUUGGAUCUGAGGAUUUUGAUAUUAGGGUUUUUAAAGAAGAUGAGAUUGUGGCGGAAAUGUCUGAGACUGAGACCAUCACUGCACUAACUCCGAUGAGCCCCACUCACUUUGGCUAUGCGCUUGCCAAUGGCACAGUGGGCAUUUAUAACCAGGCAGCACGCUACUGGAGAAUUAAAUCUAAAAAUCAUGCGAUGAGCAUCCAUGCCUUUGAUAUCAACUCCGAUGGCGUCUGUGAGCUGAUAACUGGCUGGUCCAGUGGGAAGAUCGAUGCACGCAGUGAUCGAACUGGAGAAGUAAUUUUCAAGGACAACUUUGCUGCUUCGGUGGCGGGAAUCGUGCAGGGAGAUUACAGAAUGGAUGGAAAUACACAGUUAAUCUGCUGCUCAGUUGAUGGUGAAGUGCGAGGAUACCUGCCAGGGAGCCAAGAGAUGAAAGGAAAACUGAUGGACACAAGUGUGGAGCAAGAUCUGAUUCGGGAGCUUAGUCAGAAGAAGCAAAACUUGCUACUUGAAUUACGAAACUAUGAAGAAAAUUCAAAGCAGGUGGAACUGAACACUCAGGUGAAUGAGGUGGAUGGGCAAAGGGGUGUGAUCCCAGCAAACACACAGCUCCAGACAGCAUUGUCGGUCAGCCUGGGGUCAGAAACCGAAUCUGCUCAUGUAGAACUGUGCAUUUCUACAUCCAACGAUACAAUUAUCCGAGCAGUGCUGAUCUUUGCUGAAGGCAUCUUUGAAGGUGAGAGCCACGUGAUCCAUCCCAGUCCUCAGAAUCUCUCAAGCAACAUAAAAGUCCCGCUCUGUCCCCCCAAAGACGUUCCAGUGGAGCUGAACAUCAAAGCGUUUGUUGGAUACAAGAAGAGCACACAGUUCCAUGUUUUUGAGCUGUCACGGCUACUCCCUCGCUUCUCAAUGUAUUUGCUGUGCAGCCCAGAUUCUGGGACCAGGCCUCUGAGCUUUGUAAAAUUCACUCUCAGCGAGAGGGUGCAGAUGGUCAUAAUGUGGCUCAAACAAAGUUUCCUGUUACCAGAAGAUGUGGAGAUGCAGAAUGAGUCAUUUGAGGUCUGCUUUACCUCCCUGCGUGACACAGGGCAGCUGUACAUCCGAAUGAAUUCCAGUGGAGAGAUCUCCAUUAACACUGAUAACAUUGACCUGGCUGGUGACAUCAUCCAGUCAAUGGCCUCCUUUUGGGCAAUUGAAGACUUACAGGCUGAAGCAGAUUUCCCUGUGUAUUUUGAGGAGGUGCGCAAGGCCUUGGUUGUGGUGGACAAUUCUCAUGCAGUUUGUCAGAAGCUCACAGCCAAUAUGGCUGACAGCUCCAAUCUCAUCCGCAGCAUGUUAGUUCGAGCAGAAGAUUCACGCCUCAUGGGGGACUGGAAAAACAUGAGGAAACGGUAUAUGGAACUGUAUGACCUCAACAGGGAUUUGCUGUCUCAGUACAAGAUUCGCUGUACCAAUCACACAGAGCUUUUAAAUAAUCUCAAAGCAAUAAAUCAAGCUAUCCAACGAGCAGGAAACCUCAGAGUCGGUAAACCCAAGAUGCAAGUGAUUGCUGCCUGCCGGGAUGCUAUUAAGAACAACAGUGUUAAUAUGCUCAUCAAAAUAAUGCAUCUGGGGACAACUUCCUCUUGAUCAGAGUGAAGAU